AUGGUCAGCGACUUCGUGUUCCCCGGGCUCGGCGGGAUCGAGUCGCACAUUUACAACCUCUCGACGUGUUUGAUUCGCGCGGGGCACAAGGUCGUCGCGCUCUCGCACAUGCGCGGCUGCCGCUCGGGCGUGCGGCACAUGUAUAACGGGAUGAAGAUGUACUACUACGACUUUCCGGUAAUGUACGAGAACUGCGUGUGGGCGGACUUGCUGGGGCUGUACGGGCCGCUGCGCGAGAUCUGCGUGCGCGAGGGCGUGGACAUCAUCCACACGCACCAGACGUCCUCGGCGAUGUCGCUGCAGGUGGGGCUGCACUCCGUCGGCUUGAUGAUUCCGCUGGUCUUCACGGACCACUCGCUGUUCGACUUCCAGAGCGUCGGCGCGAUCCACUUGAAUAAGCUCGUGCGGAUCUGCUACGCGUCGAUCGACGCGUUCAUCAGCGUGAGCCACACAAACAAAGAGAACCUCGCGCUGCGCGGCACGAUCGCGCCCGAGAAAAUCUUUGUGAUUCCGAACGCGCUGGACCCGCUGUUGUUCCGGCCGGCUGGCGCGCGCGCGCGCGGCGCCGUACGCGGCCUGCUGCGCUUCUACAUCGGCGGCGACGGGCCGAAGCGCGUGGUGCUCGAAGAGAUGCGCGAGCGGCACGGGCUUCACGACCAGGUGUUUCUGCUGGGCAGUCUGAACCAUUCGCAGGUGAAGGAGACGCUGCAGCUCGGGCACGUUUUUCUGAACACGAGUUUCACGGAGGCGUUCUGCAUUGGCAUUCUGGAGGCCGCGUGCAGCGGGCUGCUGGUGAUCUCCACGAACGUGGGCGGCGUGCGCGAGGUGCUGCCGCGGCACAUGAUUCUGCUGGCGGACAGCACGGUCGAGUCGCUCUUCGAGCCGUUGGAGAAAAUCAUCGAGCCGACGAAUCGCGGAAAGUACGAAGGCUUCUUUCGCAGUGGCAAGCGCUUGUCGAUGAAGCACGUGAUCACGUACAUUGCGAGUGACUUCCGCAACGACCGAAUCUGGCUCCGCCGAACGCGAAACUCGCGGCGGCAGUACCACAUCAGCGUGUGCAUCGACACUUCGAGCUCGAUGCGCGUGCUGAAUUCGGAACACAACGCCGACGGGCGCUUCGGCGGCGGCAAGCUCUUCGCGCAGCUGACGAGUUUGAAGGCCAAAGGCGUGUGCCCCGUGCUGGUCAUCAUUGACAACAGCAAAAACUCGAUUUACAACGUGCGGUAUCUGAACUUCGAAGACUUGUCACUGGGCUGA